AUGGAGCAGGAAGGCCCAUCAGCAGACCGAGGCUGCACUAUAGAACAGUUCACCAAAAUGAAGCAUCCAGAUUUCUUGGGGAGGGUAGACCCAACUAUAGCAGAGAACUGGGUACAUGAAAUGGAAAAGAUACAUACUGUACUACGCUGUACCAAUGAGCAAAAAGUAUUAUAUGCCACCUUCAAACUGAUAGGGGAGGCUGAGCGUUGGUGGUCGACUGUGAGACUCCUGGAGGAGCAGAGACUUGUACCUGGGCAUCAGACAGUCCACAAAUAUGCAGCGAAAUUUAUUGAACUAUCCCGCUUUGGCCAAUACAUUGUUCCUGACGAGGCGAAGAAGGUGAGGAGAUUCGACAGAGGCUUGAGGCAGGAAAUUUACGAACAGGUGGUAGUGUUGAAGGUGCAGGAUUUCACCGAACUAGUGGAUAAAGCAGCGGUGGCAGAGGCAAGCAGGCAGAGGGGUGCUGAGGUGCAGGGCCAGAGGAAGAGACCUACACCUCCUGGAUUUUAG